GCAAAGGAUGCAUCUUAUGACAAAAAAUUGUAUCAAUUUUAUAAGACUAUAGAUAUUAUUAUAAUAAUGAACUCUGUUUCGCUUUUGAUUUAUAUUUUUUAUUUUCAUGUGGAUUUUAUAGACACACAUAUAUUUACGUCUAUUUCUAAGUUACAACGACUCGCGCAAGUUGAAAAAGAGAUGCUAAAAUCACUUGAAAUUUAUAUACAGGAUUCAGAAAAUAGUGGAAAUGUGAUAUCAGAAAAUGUCCAAAAUUUCUACAAAGAAGUAUCACAAGCUUCAACGCUAACUGUACAAGAACACUUCAUGGAGAACCCCAUCAAUGCCUUCCACUUUAUACGAAGAAUGCAUGAUGGAUGGCCAAACAUGAUCAGAACAAUAGAUUGCGAUCACUGUAAACUGACUGAUCCAUUGAGAGAUUUUAGAGAUCGACUUUCUGACAUAGAUGACAACUCUCUUAUUGGUAUUGAAACGACUGCGGAGGAUUUACAAUGGGCAGCACUGGCUAAUGUUCGCCUUUGGCAAACAUACAAACUCAACUUAACUUCCUUCUUCAACGGUCAAAUUUUGAAUACCACCACGAAUCCACUGACAUGGGACGACAUUUUCUACAUAUGCAACCAGUUGGACUACACUAACGAGUUUUAUAAAGAAAUUGUUUGGCUUGAAGAAGUUCUUACUUUAAUAAUAAACAAUGUCUCUUACAAUAAAUACAGAACAAGAGUUACAAGACAGCUUGCGUCUGCGUACUUCAAGUAUGGUAUGCCAUGGAAAUCAGUUGACUUGAUGGAGAAAGAAAUACGUCAAGCAAACUUAGACGAUCAGAAAAAGUUAAAGCGUGACCUGGCAUUUUAUAAUAGUAAAGAAAAAGUGGUAUCCGAUAAAAGUAAAGAACUGAAACCAAGUACAUCAGACAUUGAUAAAUCACACUAUGAAGCUUUGUGUAGAGGUCACGUGACAAGGAGUACAGAAAUAUUGUCACGAUUACACUGUAUCUAUCGAACACCAGUGCCAAUUUAUAGAGUAAAGGAAGAAAUAUUAAACUAUGACCCACGUAUAUCACUCUUCCGUGAAGUGAUUACACACGAGGAAAUAGAUGGAAUCAAGGAUAUAGCGACAAACAUGCUUAAAGCAUCCAUCAUUGUUGGAGACACGGAAAGGAGAAACCGGAAAGAUUAUAGCGCAAGAGUCAGCCAAACUGCUUGGUUACGAGACGAAUACUCAGAACUAGUCCGACAUAUAAGUUACCGUAUAGAACUAAUAACAGGACUUAGUACACGACAGUAUCGGUCAUUCUCUCACGCAGAAUAUCUGCAGGUACUAAAUUAUGGUGUUGGUGGGAUGUAUGAAGGACAUCUCGACUAUUUAGGUAUACCGAUUCACAUCAAUCCACUACGUCAUGAAGAUCCAACUGAGCUACGAGGCACAGGAGAUCGCAUUUCAACCUGGAUGUUUUAUCUAAACGAUGUCACAGCUGGUGGAGCAACUGUAUUUCUAAAUCUAAAUAUUACCGUCAACGUAGAAAAAGGCGCUGCUUUGUUCUGGUAUAACAUAAAAAGGAACGGGGAUUUGGACAAUAGGACACAACAUGCUGGAUGCCCGGUUCUGAUAGGCUCUAAAUGGGUUGCAAACAAAUGGAUCCGACAACAUGGGCAAAUAUUUAGGAGGAAAUGCGGGAUGAAACUUAAUUCUAAAGACAUACCGUUGUGACAGAAUACUUAUUUUUAGAAACUUUAUAAUACUAAUGUACUGUAACUGUUUAUAUAAUAUAUACGACUGUAUUAGUAACGAGUUCGUAAUAAUGCAUAAAAAUAUCUAGGUUGAGUGUACAAAACGUAUUAAUAGAAACGGCCAUGUCAAUUAGGUGAUUUCACAUUUAACAUAUGAAAAGCAUUGACUAAAACAUGUGGGUAACAAGAUAUCAUGUCUAUACAACACAAGCCAGACGUUAAUUAGGCCUAAAUGUCGUGUGAUAGCGAUAAGUAUGUUUUGGCCUUUUUUUUGGAUUUAAAUGAUAUAAGAUUAUUUAUCUUUCGAACUGAAUUCAAGUCUUUGGUCAGCAUCGCCAAUUUAAGUUUUAUGGCCAUGUUGUUAAUUUCUGUGAGCAUUUCACCGUUGGUAUUUUUAUCCUUAAACAAAUUAUUCAACAAAACCAAG